AACAUCUAGCCUCAGCUCCAAAACUAAAAAUUCGGCACCCAAUAAUAUAGCUCAUGCUCUAAUAGAGGAUAUCUUGUUAUGCAGCUCAAAGCCUUCGCCCGGAAAGACCAUUUUUUUCUCAGCAAGUAGCCAAUAUUUAGAUAUUCCUUAUAAUAUUCAAGAAAUGAGGGCACAUCAAGCUUGCGCCAUUGAAUCGGCUGCCUUGCAUAAUCAAAAUUUUCAGGUUUUUGUACUGUUUGCUUGUCGUACAUAUCUGGAGAAACCGGCACAUAUUAUUGAUGCAUUAUUGAGCUAUAAAAAUAUCAAGUUUCGAGAGCUAAAUAUUGGGACUUAUAUACUAGAUACGCCCAUUACGGACUGGCUCAAGUUAAAUGAUUUUUAUCGGUCAAGUUUUCUGAUGCAUCACUUAUCCGAUCUACUGCGUCUGCUAACGCUCUAUCGUUAUGGAGGUAUCUAUUUGGAUAUGGAUGUAAUGCUGCUGCGCACUUUUGAGGAUUUGCACCUGAACUAUGCGUGCUCAAUGGGAAAUCAGAGCAUUAGUAACAGUAUUUUGGGCCUGGAGCCAAAGGGCUUUGGACAUCAGCUUGCAGAGUGGCUUUUGCAGGAUUUUCGCAAGAACUUGGUGAGAGAUUCAUUCGACUCAACUGAACACAAGUUCUUGCUGCGGGUUUUGCAAGAGGUUUGCAGCACAAGAAAUGUUACUCUUAUGGUUAGAGAUCCGAAACGUUGUAAAGGCUUCAGAGUGUUCAACGUGAGCGAAUUUUACGAAGUGCCAUUGAAGCAAUCGGAACUGCUUCUUGACCAAAACCUGGCGAGUGAAAUGCUGGAACGAAUUAAGAAUUCUCGUAUAAUUCAUAUAUGGAAUCGAUUCUCCGCGAAAUGGCCUUUGAAGACUGAUUCAAAAUCAGCUUAUAUGCAGUUGGCAGCGAAACAUUGUCCCAAAGUAUUUAAGGCUGCAGGGGAUUUCUUCUCUUAGCUCACAUCAUAUUUAUUGCAUCUACAUC